CACUCGAACCGAUUGGAUUGGAUUUCUGAGAAAAAACCGGGGGAAAUGUCGUGUCGUGGAUUCUUCGCUGUAUCUUCUCGCCUCCAAGUGUUUUGCAUCUGAGAAGGAAUAAUGUGAGGCAAGAAGUAUCCGUUUCGGAGUAUCUACCGCGCUAAGACAGGAACGGUAACGACCGUCGCGUUUGCGAACUGCUCGAGUGUUUUGACCUCGUUUGUGGGUUCGGAUCAGCCAACGGAAAACAGGGAGACCAGGAGCAGGGAUUCGCUGCGAGACUUGCAACCAGUUCCCUGGAACCCUAGCCUUAGUGACUUCAAAACAAUUGCAUUCGGGAUUCGUCCGCUAAUUUUAGAUCUGCUGAAGUCCUGGACUUGGAUCCAGGAGUCGAGUGUGCUCAAGGAAUCGUGUCAAAGUGAAAAGUUUGAAUGAAAAUUAGUGAAAAGAAUUGGGAAUAGCUUUCAAGGAAGAUAUCCUUAAGGGAAAGUUGAGAGUACUCCAGUUUGUGCCAAAAUAUUUCAAGUGUGUCCCAGAAAUGAUGAAAGAGUUUGUGUAAGGAUUUGGGAAGCAUCCAAUUGCCCCAAAUUAGUGGAGAUAUCUUCGAUUUUUACCAGUCGAUCAAGUGGAUUUUCUACUCUACUAAAGAAAGGAGCUCAGCAAGAUGGGAACACGCACCCCGGAUUGUCGCAAGUUCACCCCCAACAUCUUUAACAAGAGCAAGUGCAGUCACUGCUUCCGGCAGCGUGAGGAACAUAGCGCGGCUGCGUUGGAAUGCAAUCGGCCAAUUGUGAUCCCGGCUUCGCGUAAGGUCUCGAAAUGUGGAUACUUGUUCGUCGCACCUGAUUGGGACUUCAAUAAUCCUCUCUACAGAACAAAGCGAUGGCAGCGAAGGUGGUUUGUGUUAUAUGACGAUGGCGAGCUGACUUACUCGGUGGACGAACACCCUGAAACUGUGCCACAAGCAUGCAUCGAUAUGACCAAAGUCCUGGAAGUAUCUUCAGCAGAAAUGAUAACAGGUCACUCGAAUUCGAUAGCUAUCACAGCACCGGAUCGGGUAACUUUUGUGAAAGGGACAUGUCCAGAAGAGGCCAAGUGGUGGCAUAAUAUCUUGUCUGCGUUUCCAAAGUCAAAGGGUCGUCAUAAGCGAAACGCCACCUUUCCUGGUGGUCAAGCGACAACAAUAUUACAAUCGAGCACUCCACCAAAUGGUCGUAAUCGGCACAAUUCAUACCACAAGGAUACUCUAACGUCAACCAUUAGUUCAGGAGUUGGUGGUACCGAGGGUGGAAAAGAUAUUAUUGGACCAUCGUCCUGGGAUGAAGAAACGUCCUCCUCGAAUAUACCACCAACAACUCAAGAUGAAAACAACAAGAAUGCUGGAAAUGAAAACACCAAUCGAGUCUACACGGAUCAACCAGUCUCAUCAAAAUCACCGCCAACUCGAGAUAAAAUCUAUCCUGAAACGAAAGCUCAUGCCAGAAUACGGAAUCGAAAUCGAAGUGCGCCAACUCCACAGGAAGACGAAGAUCAAGUCUCAUCACGUCUCCUCAUCGAAGAUGCCCAUCGCGAGGACAAACUAAAAGAUUUCGCUAACAGCAUUACCAACAAUCUGAAUCAAAUUGCAUCGUCAACAACUCGUUGGCAACAGACAACAAACCAAACAAUAACAACACCAACGCUCUCAUCCACCACGCCAUCAUCGGCACCACAAAAACCAUCAGCAACCUGCGUAAGUAAUUACAUACACCAAAAUCACAACAACAAUCACCACAGUCACCAAAACAACAUGGACGAGCAGCCCACACGUGAUGAACCUGAUAUGCCACCUCAUCAACAACAGCAUCUUCAUCUUCAUCACAAUCAGACAAAUCAUCCUGCGCACUAUCCAGAAAUAUCAACCACAAUUACCACCACCGCCACAUCCACCUCCAAUAUGAUCACAACGUCCCCCGUGUCCGCAACAACAAUUCCCCUGCAACGAGAUUAUCAUAGCAAAAUUGUUAAUCUGCGACCAAAGUCAUUACCAUUAGCAUCAAGUACAGCACCUGCCAUUGUAUCUGCCAUAGUCAAAAAGAUACCGAACAUAACGAAAGACAACAAUAGCGCUAGCAUCAUCAGCAACACCACAAACAAAAACAAUAGUAGUAGUAUCAAUAGUAGUAGUAGCAAAUCUAGUCUGGCCACGAGGCUCUAUCAACAGCUUCAUCAACCAAAACAGCAAACCCAGAAGCAGCAGUCACAGGAGCGUGGUGAUCCCGACGGAGGAUGCAAUGUGGAUGAUGUACCGGCCAAUUAUCUGUCAAACAAUGCGGAACUACGAGUUGGCCACGGCGCUGAGGACAUCCUGAAUUUGAAGAAGGGAUGGUUAAUGAAGCAUGACCUGAGAGCGAAGGAGUGGACGAAACAUUGGUUCAGCCUACGAGGUGCAGCCUUGUUCUACUACAGGGACUCAGUGGCAGAGGAACGAGGCGUUCUGGAUGGAGUCCUAGAUGUCAAUUGCUUGACCAACGUUUCUGAGCUCACAACUGGCAGGAGUUACAGUUUCCAGCUAACAACAUGGGAUAAACGAAGGAUAAUUUUGGCCGCUGCUUCAGCAAGCUCAAGAACUAAUUGGAUAAUUGUUUUGCGCACUGCAGCCGGUCUCCCCUCUCUACAAGAACCAAAACCUUUGGAUGACUCUGCCCAGGAACUCAUCAUCAAAGACAACACCAGUGACGAUCUAAAAAGCGAAAUCGAAAAAGAUUUCAUCAAAGCUCAAAUGAGUCAAGAGACAAUCCGCAACAAUCUUGCAAUUCAUGAUACCAGAGCGGAGACUGUCGCAACUCCAUCAAAGGAGACUCCUACAGAUGCCACACCUGCUACUCCGAAACCUGUUGUUUUCUCGUCAGACGAAGAGUACAGAACGGCUUCAGAAGGCGGUCGUCGAGACAGUGUCGACUGGGGAUCGCCACUCUCCCCAUCACCUCCUUUACCAACGUCUCUCUUCAGAGCUAAGGAGCGCAUGCGAUCUAGAUCUAGCUCAAAUUCAAGGCUGCACAAAAGGAGCCGAUCGUCACCACCCAGUUCACGACGAAGCACUGUUGACAGUGUAGGCUCUGAUGAACUUCCCGUCAUCCAUCCUGUUCAAGAAGAGCUAAAUAUCGAUAAAGAGCUUCAACUUCGAUUGGGACUAGCUGAAAAAGAACGCGAUAUGCUACGAGAGGAAGCUCGAGAUCGUGACUCCAGAAUGUCUGAACUGCUUACAACUCUUGAAAAAACCGAGCUGGCACUCACCUCGAGAAUACGUGACGUGGAAGAAGCACGGGACAAGCUCUCACGCGAGCUCACAGACGCCAAUGGCAAAGCUGAGGUGAUAGUCGCACAGCUAACUAAUGAGCUCGAAGAAAACCAGAAGAAAAUCAAAAGCCUUGAAGAUCGCCUUGCGCGCGGCAUCGAGGAAAACGAAGCACUUUACAAAAAACUGCGUGAAAUUGAAGGCGGAAGCCCAUCAAACUUCAGCAAUUUGAACCGUACAAAGUUCAAACGAGUUGACUCUCUCAGUGAUUUGACAAAUCUAACUGACAUCGACCCGUACUGUCUGGAUCGCGACAUGCUUGCUGAAGAAUACAAUGAAUUGAAAUCGAGGUUCGAAAAGGCCGUGAAUGAGAUCAAAGCUAUGAAAAAAGAGCUAAAGGAGUCUCAGAACCAAUAUGAUGCUUUGGAGAUUUCUUAUGCAGCUCUAAAACAAGAUCUUCAGCAACAAGGAAGCGAAGAUCGCUCGCAGCUACAAAUGAUGGCUGAACGCAUCCGUGAUCUUACCUUGAAGUACACCACUUCCGAAAGGCAAGUCCGAAGCCUCAAGCAAAAACUCGCCAAAUCUGAGCGUCGCCGAUCCCUCUCACUGAAGGGAAAAGAUGGAACGACUGUCCCCAAAGAGCUUGAGGAGAAGGUGAACGAUCUUGAAUCCAAGAUCGACUCAAUUGAACGAUCAAGUUCUGAAAAGCUCAUGAAAUCAGCUUCUGAUGAGCGAUUGCUACGAAAAACGGCUCCUCAUGUCCGAAGACGCAGUUUGGAAAGUACAUCCGGUGACUCUCUGCAGUUCAUGGUUCGCCUCAAUGCCUUAGAAAAGCGGCUGGAGCACUCGUCAUCCCCAGUGCCUAAGAUUCCCGAAGGAACGGUAAUGAAUAACUAUUCUAGUCCGAAAUCAUCUGAGCAUGUAAUCGAGCGACUAAGAUGUCUGGAAGCAGUGUUAAUUUCCAGCAAGGAUCGCAUUGAACAGAGCCUACAACAGCUGCAGUCUUUGCGAUCAUCACGAACACGAAGAUCUGUAUCACCAAUCACUGAACGUAAGGAUUCCAUUCGGUUUGUUGAACGAUGCCUUGCUGAAGUGGUGAAGGUAAUGAGGGAGUCGUGUCAGACUUGUCUACCUACAGUUGAAGGCGGAAAUCAGAUGAAUAUCGUCCAGUUACCAGAAUCCAGUCCGAUAAAACAAGCUUUGGUACAGUUAGAGGUUCAGCUUAGGGAGAAGCUGGGGGACCUACUGAAACAGAGGCGAAUAUUGAGGGAAAGAAACCAGUUGACACCACAAAAAGAUUUAGAACUUCUUGCUGAACGUGUAGCGUUCGAAAGUGUCUGUUUUGGAAAACUGAGGGACUCCAUAACUAGAGCUGAAAAUCCUUCGAUGUUCGGCGAGAAACAAACAAAAGCUGAACUUGCGGAAACAUCUCAACUUAUGGCCAUGCUCAAAGCUAAAUUGAGCGGAAAGUGCUCCUUUAAACCUACUGGAAGCAUUGAUGUCCUAGCUAGUGUCUUAGCUCGACGUUUAGUCCUUACAUCGGGAAGGAACGGACAACAAACAAUCUCCGAACUACCACCUGUAAGCCAAAGAUCCAUGGAUGAACUGCUGAGGCAACAGAAUGAGAUAAAUCUGAUCACGAAACGCUACAAAAACAAUGCAAUGGAGAGCUUGGCGUGUGCCCUGGCUGCUGAGACUUUGAGUUACAUUAGCUCCAAUGACACAGUUCAAGGUGCAGUACAAGAAGCGUGGAGACACGCCCAGGAAGCUGUCAACUCCGAACUUAUCCAGUCCGAAAUUACCCACAUAAUGAUGAGAAACGCAGAAUGCUUUGAAAGUUCAGUAACGCCUGCGUUUGGCUACACCCUAACACCAGAGGAGCGCAUCAGUUUCGAGAACUUUGCAGAUGCCGUGCAAGAUAUCCUUCGAAAAGAAAUGGAGAAUGCAAUUGACCAGCUAACGCAAUGCUAUGAGGAGUGUCUGGGCAAGAUGAAACGUGGACAAUGGCGACUUCACCUCGAACAGGAGCGAAAAGCUAGUGAAGGCAGACAAUUGCUGUCAGAAUUUGCUGAUGUCAUCGCUCAUAAGGCAUUGAUAGAUGCAAGAAUAGCUGUCCUCAAGGGUGCAUAUGUUUCGAAGGAGAUUAGUAAACCGAAUGUCAGCACUGAGUUCAGCAUAGUUACCCUACAAAAAUAUGAAACCCUUUUUGAGGAACUAUCACAAGACCUUCAGAUUUGCAGUGCCGAUGAUAUUCUCGCAGAAGCAGAUUUCAAUUUUAUGUACAAAAAGUUCUCCAAUGACUUUACAACAGAUCGCGCUCAAAUGCUGUCCGUUGCUGCGUCCUUGAAGAAAUUGGAAGAGUCGCUAGCUGUAAUGUUUAACACUCUAAGUCCUAAUAUGUCGCUUCCAAUUUCCGUGCGUUCAGUUGAAACUCUUGAAGAUGUUCAGAAUUUAACCAGUCACCUUGAAGACAGUGUUCAGGAUAUGAUCCCCAUCGCACAGCAGCUGCGAAACUCCUGCGAGGAAUGCGAGAAAAUGCAAGUCAGUCUUUGUAAUCUGACGGCAUACCACGAAGACCAACUCAAAGCUCUGCAAGAAGCGCACGAUAAAGACGUCGCCUCCCUCCGGAAACACAUGGACGAAUACGCGGGAACCAUCAAACUGCUAGAGAGCGAACGAAAUAACUUGCUGGAAGAGCUCAACCAUCAGAGUAAUCUAGUGGAAGACCACGAACGCGAACUGUCUGCCAUAACCCUUAAACUCAAAACAAAAGAGGAUGAGUGCCAUCGCGAAAAAGAUGAAAACGCUGAACUUUGUGAACGUUUAGAAGCUAGCGAGAAUCGUUACAAAACCCUAAGCGAUGAAAAACAAACGCUUACACAAAAAUGUCUUCUUCAGAAUGAAGAAUAUGCGGCCUUAUUGCAGGAACGCGACUUCAUUCAGAAUGAGCUGAACAUGGAGCGUGAUCGGUCGCGUAAGCUUGAAAAACGCCUUGAAAUGUUGGAACUUGAACACACUAAGCAGCUAGAAUGCUUGAAGGAGGCGUAUAAGGAUCAAAUAUUGGCUCAUUGUAGCGAUUUCACUAGUCUUACAAAUGAUGAGGAGAGCUUUAGACAACGCUAUCAGGCCGAGAUUGAACAGUUACGGACUCUCUGCGAAAAAGGUCUGGCCGCGAUGGAGUCAUCUCACCGAAGAAUCGUUAGCGAUCUGGAGGAAAAACACAGAAAGGAAAUCGAUAGGCUCCUAGUAGAGAAGGAGCAAGCAUUGGCUGAAGAGACUCAGGCAACCCUUGCUGCAUUAGAUGCCAUGCGUAAGGCACACCAAAGCGAAGUACAAAGAGAGGUGGCACGUUUCAAACAGGAAUUCUUAAGACAAUUUCAUAAGGGAGAGCAAUCGAAUGUUCCUGUUAAGGAAAAAGAGGAAGAACUCGAUGAGCUCAGGCAGGAAAUACUCUCAUUUUCUGAAAAAUAUUCAAUAAAAUGCGUUGAAAAUGCCACACUCGAGGAAAGACUGCGUGUUGCCAAUCAAAAACUUAGGCAGUUUCAGCAGAUGCAGCAGUUGGAAUUACGAAACCAACAAUUUCGAGCACAUUUAGCAUCCGAGGAUCCCUCUGAUCUGAAUUUUGUGCAAGGACUAUCGACAAAAGAGGAUUCACCGAGUCCGGAUAGUGAGCAUGCGGUUGAUGUAAUGCGUGUGAAUUCUGCUACUGCAAACGACACCACAACUAUAGUGAAACAGAUUUCUAGUGCUCAUGAUAUCAACACUGAUAGAUCUGAUUUCAGUGGAAAAUCAGAGACUGGAAGUCAUUCUUUUAGAAGUUUAAGCUCCAAAUUUGGGCUGAAUAAAGGCCUGAAACCACCCUACAGCAGCAUAAAUUCAUCAUCUGGAAUCCAAAAUUCUCAUCGCCGAUAUCAGCACAGAACGAUCGAAAUAGGAUCAAUAAAUUCCACCCAAACAGUGUCCACCUCGACACCGUUCCCAGCACCAAGUACAUCGGCAAGAAACCUCUGGACCUCUGAAAUUCCCUCAAUUAAUUGCCAAGCUGCUAAUCGAGGUCAAUCAGAAGCAAAAUUCACAACAAAAACAUUGAAAACUGAUUUAAAACCAGUGGAGCAACCAAAGACUUAUACAGUUUUAGCGUCAAAACUAAAUUUCGAUAGUAAUUCUCAACAGUCGACAUUAGAAGCGAAUAGGAAAGAUAAUUGUUAUGCAAGCCUGUACGCAACCCCCCUUCGGAGCGAUCGGCGGCCGGACCAGACCCACAAUCCCCUGCUGAAGGGAAGUUCGGCGAAACCAGAUGACCCAACCAAACCCACGAUCGACCGAAGACUGGCCGUUAGUCUAAGUAGUCUUAGCGAAUUACUAAACACUAACCCCAGCAGCGGCAACGUCAGCACUAACCCCAAGAUGACUAGCAUUAGUUGUUCAAUUCAGAGUAGUAAUAGCAACAGCGCAACCCCCACUAACAGGAAGCUGAGAAGCAGAAGCCAAGCUGGUACCUCAAGUAGUAAAGUCCGCUUAGUGCGUCGUAUCUAUGAAAAACAGGAAAAUUCAGUAGCGAAUCAGAAAAUUGCAAGCAAAUCCGUUAUCGAUCAAACGAAGGAUGAUGAUGAGUCCAAGAUGAAUCCGCUCGAUAGUGAAGCCGUUUCGAGGAAACCGAGUUCACCCUCUCCCUUAGACGGGAGGGACGUUGAGCAGCAUACAACCUCAAAAGUGCGACGGUUUGAGUUGAAAAUUUAAUUAAAUUAACACAAAAGCAAUAUUAUCAACUAAAUAUAAACAAUUUAAAAAAAAUCGUUAAAAAGCUUUCAAGAAGCGAACACAAGUUCGCGCGUAUCCUUAAAAUGUCUUAACAAACCUAACUAUGUAUUGUAUAUGUAAUUCGUUGGCAAUAUGAUGCGGACCCUCUCGAUGUCAUAUAUGUAUGUAUACCAGUAAAUUAAAUUAGAGUCCCCCAUCGCGUUCAUCCCCCUUAAAUUAUCCCACUUCAGUCGAGUCUUUAUUUCUAUCUUGUAGAUAAGGAGCAAGCGUUAAAGGAACACUAAGCGAUUAAGGUUUAUUGUUUGUUAUGAAGUUGAAAAGGAGUUCGCCUUGCGGACCCUUCAUAUGGCAUAAUUAAUGAUAAUUUCUAUAAAAUUGUACUGUACAUUUUAAUUAUCGUAUUCUAUGUGUUUCGUACCUUCGUCUCACGUCUUUUAUCUUUCUCGUGUGUAAAUGUGUAAUUUCAAGUUUGAAGUUUAGUUAAAUUAACUACACUCUACGCGUAUAUACAAAACAAAUUAAUUUUUAUCGUAGUACAUAGUAUGAGAAUAUUAUUAUUGUAUUAGUGUAUUAUUUUUGUUUUGUUAACAUUGAAAUUAUUAAUAUUAAAAAAUAUUUGAGGUUAUUG